AUGGUGGUCCCAAAACUAAUAAAAGGGCCUCCACCCCCUCCAGCUCCUCCACCAACAAAUCCUCCGCCACCUACCAAUCCUCCGACGGAAAAACCGAAUCAAACAUUCCCUCCGUUACCAACGUUUGCACCGAUAACUCCUGCUCCUACAACUGAAAUGGAUUAUACGCCUGGAAUUAUUCUGCUUGUUGUUCUCUUUUUAGUUUGUAUUUCGUAUUCUGGUGGAGGUAUUUGGUGGUAUAUGAGAAAGAAAAGAGAAAAAGAAAUGGCUAAAAUGCAACCUGGUUUUGAUAAUCCGUAUGAUAUGGAGAGUGGAUCAAGCACUGGAACUACUGGUACUUCUACUUUUGGUGGUACGACUUCCACUACGGGUACGACAGGAAGAACAAAAACUACAAAAACAAGAGGAACAACUGGAUCAACGACAGGCGCAACGAAACAGAAGAAAGAUAAGAAAAAGAAAAGAAAGAAAGAUAAAAAGAAGAAGGAAAAGACUCGAAGCCUCAGUGAAAAAGAAGAUCCAAAAAGUCCGGUUCCUCUGUCUCCAGUUCCAUCCAAUCCUCCUAUUCCAUCUGCUCCUGGUGCAACUCCUAAUGCUUCAACACCUACUAAUGGUCCACUCCCAGAUGCUCCAGCUCCAAUUAUUCCACCUCCUGCAUCUUCAAUAAAACCUUCAGAAGAAGUUCUUGCAGCUGGUCAUUUUCCUCCUACUCAAUCGGAUCCAUCGAAUCAAGCCCCUAGUCCGGCUCCUGUUCCUGCUCCCGCUGCUCCCGAUGGUUCCGCCGACUUACCCCCACUUGAUAACACUGCUCCUAGUUGGAAUCCUAUCAGUGGACUCUUUGGAAACUCAGCACAACCAGAUGCUCAACCGGCCCCUCAGCAACCACCUCCGGCCCAAUGA